AUGUUGAAGUCUGUGAAGACAAAAGAAGAUGCCCUUGAGGUAAUUGUCGAUGUGAAAAGGGCUCUUCGUGAUGGGGGUUUCAAACUUACCAAAUUUGUAGUCAAUGAUUCUGAGCUGUUAGAUGUUAUUGCCCAUGAAGAUCGGGCAGUUGAGGUGAAAGAGCUGACUCAUGGGGUGCAUGCAAAGGCGUUGGGUAUGAUGUGGGAAGUUGAUUUGGAUGUUUUUCACUAUACUUUCAAAAUUGACAAAGGUCAGGAGAUUACUAGACGCAAUGUGCUGAGCGUAGUGGCCAGUAUGUAUGACCCACUGGGUUUGAUUGUUCCCGUCGUUUUACAUGGUUCUUCAAUAAAUCUCUAG